AUUUUCUAGGCAGCAGGCCGCACAGAAUUAUCCAUGGCUGGCCAAAUCUUGCUGUCGAGCUCCAGACAACCCUACAAAUGGGGGAAGCGACGACUAAGAAUACUAAUAAAGAGACCUUUUUCAAAGGGCUCGAGGAGUUGGAUGAUUUGACGGAUAACGACAACGAUAACGAGGUUGGUGAUGGUGAUGACUUUGCUCGUCUUAUAAGUUUUUCGAGGAGAAGUGCGGAGGAUACGGAUUCUACGCCUUCGUUCGUGCCUACGUCUUCGUCGUCUUCGGCGGGUUUGGGACUCUCCUAUACGAAUACAGUGCCUGAGUCUUCAUCACGGAGCGAAACGGCGGCCAGGACAGACGAGAUGGUGUCUACGGCGAAGAGAUCACCGCCGUUGAAGACCGCAAAGACAACAAGGACUCUGUCUGAGAGAAAACAGGAAGGCCCUCCUUGCAAGAGAAGACGAACCUAUGCUGCCAGGACUGUGCCAGAACAGCAGCAGAUCUUCAAGGGUCUUGUAUUCUUCUUCUUCCCCAACAGCGAUGUCUCGCCCGUACGACGUUUGCGGAUUCAGCGUGCGCAGGAAUACGGUGCCUUCUGGGCUCGAUCGUGGGGAGAUAAUGUGACGCAUGUGAUUGUCGAUAAGGGAUUGAAGUAUGAGGAUCUCCUUCGUCAUAUGAAGCUGAACAUUUUUCCGGGUACCAUCGCCCUGGUGGAUGAAGGUUAUCCUGCUGAGUGUAUCAAGUUUCGGUGCGUGCUGAACCCUGCGCAAUCACGGUUUCGCGUUAGUGGGUUUCCGACGCCAUCUGUGGCUAAAGAGCGGUAUGUCGAGGUCGAGGAGUCGUCAGCUAGUUCUCUACCGCUGAAACCGCCAAAGAGGCCACUGCAACAUACUCCGACAGAGUCAGAGCAGAUGUCGAGUGGCCAAGAUAAUCAACCAGUUCAGGGACAGCAACUCGAGCCGGAGCCUGUCCGCGCGCAUGAAGAAGGUCCCGCUCGUGAACGCGAUGCCCUAGAUGAUAUCAUCGAGGAAACCAAAGCCACGAAGGACCUGCCUUUGGACGAGUUAGAACCUGGAGAGGAAGAUACAGGUGCAACAGAUCCAGAGGGCUCCAACUCUGAAACAGAAGAGAAAAGAAGGAAAUCUGUGCAAAAGCCCGACCCAGUGGUAGAAUCAUGGCAGCAACGAUUUGCGUGCAUGCAGAAACACGAAGUGAAUUCGGAUUCCAAGAGCCCUAACAGCCGAACGAUCGAGGUCUUGCAGCAAAUGCUCGAUUACUACGAGAGGACUGCAGAUCACUGGCGAGUGGUUGCCUAUCGCAAGGCCAUUAGUGCUCUUCGUAGACAACCCAAGAGGAUCGUAACACGAACGCAAGCUAGGGCGAUUACAGGAAUCGGACCACGUCUGGCAGACAAGAUCGAGGAGAUUGUUUUCACGAACCGGUUACGUCGCUUAGAGAAUGCCAACUGUUCACCGGAGGACUUGAUUCUCCAGAAGUUCCUGGGAGUGUAUGGUGCUGGCGCCUCUCAGGCAUCUCGAUGGGUCGCUCAAGGGUAUAAGACGCUUGACGACUUGAAAACGAAAGCGUCACUGACCAAAUCGCAACGAAUCGGAGUCGACCACUAUGAUGAUUUCGCGCAACUUAUUCCACGGAAGGAAGUUGAAACACAUGGUGCCGUCGUCCAAAAAGCUAUACACAAGGCCGAUCCCAACAUGCAAGCUAUAAUCAGUGGAUCAUACCGACGAGGGGCCGCCAACUCGGGAGACAUCGACAUGCUAAUCACUAAACCCGACGCAACGAUCGAGCAGAUCCGCACACUGAUGAUGGAAGUCGUAGUCCCGGACCUAUUCCAGCAGGGAUUCCUUCAAUUCAGCUUAGCUAGCACGUCCCGCGGGGAUGGAUCUAAAUGGCACGGAGCGUCCGCACUACCCGGCAGCCCGAUUUGGCGACGGAUCGAUCUGCUCUUCGUGCCUGGAUCCCAGAUCGGAGCGGCGCUGAUCUACUUCACGGGCAACGACAUCUUCAACCGCAGUAUGCGUCUCUUGGCUAGUAAAAAAGGCAUGCGUUUUAACCAACGAGGUCUCUAUGCGGAUGUUUUGCGUGGAGAGCAGCGGAAGAAGUUGACGGAGGGACGUUUGGUCGAGGGACGGGAUGAACGACGCAUCUUUGAGCUGUUGGGCGUGCCUUGGCGGCCUCCGGGGCAUCGUAUUUGCUGAAAUCCUGAUUCUGGAGACGUGGGGCGUGAUGUGAGCCUGCUAUUGCUAGAUCUAGAAUCGCUAAUGCAUGAUAAUUGUUCGGUGACGGGAGUGCAUAUGGAUCUGUAGAUGUGUAUCCAUACAGACGAGAGGAAGCCCGCAAUGCACACUACUACUGUUGAAAAGAAAAGUUUUAAAGAGGAC